AUGUUCGCCAUCGACGGCCUUUCGCGAACGGAUAGUGUGUUUGGAUCAGGGUGUCUUCCGUCGCUCGACCAAAUCCGGUUAUUCCGUCAAGUCCCUCUCCAGGCCACUUCACCGUUCCUCCUGGCUCUGUUCGACACUGUCUUCGUGUAG